UUGGCAUGGGGACUUGAGAAAGGGUUAAAAACACACUCUGCCGCGGUCCGCCCAGUCGUACGACAGUCUAAAAAUUCACGUCUCGGGAUCCAAACAUCGCCUUAUUCUGCAACCGUUCAUAAUUUGCACCGCUAAGUUGGCACCCACACUCGCCAAGGCGCACCGAAAUUAGUCCAUCCGCGAAGUCAGCAGUCGGAGCAACACUCGACGUAGAGAGCCUAGAAAAUUGAUUGGCCCUUCCACGCUGUCGGAAAAGCACAUCAAGUAGAUUUCAGAAGCCGCGGUGGAGCAAGAGCCAUAAAUACAUAAAGGUCAACGAGCGCGAAGAAAGAACAAGCGGACAGCAUGGGUGAUAAGCAAUUUACUUUGGUGCCGAAAAUCAUCAACGGAGGCAUUGCCGGCAUCAUUGGCGUGUCUUGCGUGUUCCCCCUGGACUUGGUCAAGACGCGGCUGCAAAACCAACAGAUCGGUCCCAAUGGAGAGCGCAUGUACAAUUCCAUGUUCGACUGCUUCCGCAAAACAAAGAGCGCAGAGGGAUUCUUUGGGAUGUACCGCGGCUCGGCAGUCAAUAUUCUGCUGAUCACGCCCGAGAAAGCCAUCAAAUUGGCUGCCAAUGAUUUCUUCAGGCACCAUCUCUCCACAGGAUCAAAGCAACUACCACUGGCCCGUGAGAUGGCGGCUGGUGGGUUGGCAGGUUUUUGCCAAAUUAUAAUCACAACUCCGAUGGAGUUAUUAAAAAUUCAACUCCAAGAUGCUGGUCGAGUUGCUGCACAAGCACGAGCAGCUGGUCAGACUGGUGUCGCCAUUCCAAAGGUCUCAGCCACUUCCAUCGCCCUGGAAUUGAUCCGCACGAAAGGCAUCACAGGACUGUACAGGGGCACCGCUGCAACCAUGUUGCGAGACGUGUCCUUCUCGGUCGUUUACUUCCCUCUCUUUGCCCGUCUGAACGCUCUAGGGCCGAGGAGGAGCGACGGCUCCGGAGAGGCGGUCUUCUGGUGUUCCUUCCUGUCCGGCUGCGUGGCCGGCAGCACGGCCGCCUGCUCGGUCAAUCCGUUCGACGUUGUCAAGACGAGACUACAGCUGCUCAAGAAGGCUGAGGGAGAAGCGACGUACAACGGAAUCGUUGAUGCAUUUGGAAAAAUUUUGAAGAACGAGGGACCGUCUGCAUUUUUCAAAGGGGCCGCAUGCCGAAUGAUUGUGAUCGCACCCCUGUUCGGAAUCGCCCAGACCGUCUACUACCUGGGCGUGGCCGAAAGGUUACUUGGCGUCCACAAAGGGUAAAAACACUGUUCUUCCUCAGUUCCGCUGACGAAAACUGAGCUCGUUGAAAUGACAAUAAUGUUUAGAGUAGCUAACGUUGAGCAAUUAGCUAAUUUCAAUUAUCCAGUGUCAAUUCAAGCUGCAUUAUAAACCAAAAUUAGCACCAAAUUCUUUUCAUCUCGGCACUAAAAAAUAUUAAAUUUUUUAGUUAAGUAAGAAAAAAUGCAGCUUUGAAGAUGAUAAAAGAAAAUAGGUUGGUUAGAGAAUCUCAGUGUAUAAAGAGUUUUAGAUGUUGAUAUAUAAAUCUCGGCAGACUCGCAAGGAUUGAGAGAAUCAAUACUGUCGGGAAUUGUUAAGUGUUAAUUAAUUCAAUAUACUUCUGCAAUUAUGUGAUAUGUAAAGAGCUGAGUCGCUACACUUACAAUACCAUCCAGUAUGGUUCAACAAAUAAUAUUUUGACCGAAGCCCUAGAGGUCCUGUUAUUACGGCCAGGUGCUCUUUGUCACUUUUAGUAACAUAUCGAAGAACUUUUUGACUCGGUUUUGUUGUUUGCCUGAACAAAAUUGGAACAUUAUAUAUUUCACUUGUUAAUCUCUCUAUUGUUAUUUGAAAAUUUUAGGAGGGAAACAUUCCUGUGUUGACUCGAUUUUGUUGAUAAAUUAGUAAGUUUUGUCAAUAAUUGUAAACGUGCCAUUCAGCUUACAGAAAGCGCGUGACUUUUUUUAGAAAAACGGGAAAUUGUUUGCUUUCCCAGCCACUCUAGUCUUAUGUAAAGCUGUAAACAUAAUGACGAUGGAUAUUACACUCACAAGAUUGCAUAUUUCUAGAGGAUUAUUUUUGCAUUUUUCACCGAGCUUGGAAAAAGGUUAACACUCAUUUUAAUUUUUUUCGUCUUUACUAUGCACAACUGCAAUUUGCUUUUAAAACAUAAAUUUGCUCAGCAGAAAAUUAAAGGGUCCCUACUAUACCUUCAAAGUUUCAAUAUGCAUAUUUUAAAUACUAUAUUUGGGGGAAAAAUUCGUUUGGCUAACAUUUACCGGGUCUAAUGGGAAAGCAAGAUUUUUAAUAAGAAUGGUGAAGAUCUGACAGUAUUUGAAUUAUGUAGUUUUAAUUUCCUGAAAGUUAUUGGACCCUUUAAAUUGAUAAAAUUUGCUUGGCAGCAUUCCAAAAUAUCACACAAGAGCAGAGAUAAAAGUAUUUAGGCUUCUAACAUCCUUACAAAAGAUGAAAGCAUUUUCAAAGACUGUAGGACGAAUUAGAAAUUUGAAUGAUUUUAUUUUGAUACUGUCCCUAAAAAUCAUCUCUUCCAACCAAAUUGCCCCUCAAACCGAAAAAGACGCCUUGCUUUUUAUUUCCAAGUCCUUCCAUUUUUUUUAAUUAUUAAAGUUUGCAGCUAAGUGAAUUAGUUGAGCUGCUUAUUAAAAAGGUUGACAAUAAAAGAAUCGAACAAUAAAGAGCUGAAAAACAAAACGUGUUGGUGAAUUAAUUGAUUUGUUUUGCUUUAUUGUUUCUGAGUGUGUUAUUUAUCGUAACUUAACACAAGAAGUAUAAUCAUGCAAUUAGUGUAUUAUCAGAUGUUAACCCAAAAUAAUUAGUGCGCAAAAUAAAACUGCUGUACCUAAAUGUAACAUAACCGAAAAUAUCGUGUUUCAUUUUAU